GAAGAGAUAUUAGGAAGUCCAAUCACGCACGUUUUUCUUACCUCGCGUGAAGCAACGCGUUGUGACAGUGUAGUGUAAGAGUCCGAAAAAAUCAGCUGGCCCGUCGCUUCUUCGUAGACGCAUCGUUAAAUCCACGAAAUCGAGCAUAACCCUGAACAAUGAAUUAUUCCGACAUCACGUCGAACGUCGACAGCAGCAGGACGAGUCUGCGUAGAAUCGCGCGGCACGAUGAGCCAGAGUUCAGUUGCGCGAGCAUUCUGAACAGCAUGGAAAGAUUCGUCAAGACCGUCAGCGAGAUGGAAGAAACGAUCUUGAUACCGAGAAGACUGUUGGAUCUGACCGUUGGCGAUGCUGGUGAUACGAUUCGUUUGAAAGCCGGCAAUAACGUGAAAGAAACGUUAGCCAACACGGACUUGUAUCGUUUGUAUCACAUCGUCAAUCAGAUGAAAGUCGAGUUGCUUUGGUCGAAGGAGGAUCGUGCCCAAUCUCGAGAAGAGGAAGAUGCCGAUAAGUCGGUCCUUGCUUAUCAGACGAGUACGGAAACAGCCAACAGAUUGGGACACGCUCGUUGUCCAAGCACUACCUCGAUGCAAAGCAUACAGAGCGCAUCCUCGAUCACGUCUUCUCUCUCGUCCGAUUCCGAGUCGGAAAUCGGAGUUGAAAAUGAUUCCAGUCUAGAGAACGAGGAGUGCAUCGAUCUAGCUAAUUCCAUUGCCAACAAUUUCAGACAUCAUUUACGAGGACUUCAUCGUAGUAUCAACAGGAUGACGGAUGUUGCUCAAUAUCUUGCGCUCCGAUAUCAAGUCGACGUAGAUGGCCAAAUCUGAUUUGGUAGCUGUUCUAUGUUUCGAUAAGUUUAACGACCAUUGAUCGCAUUAAGUCGUUUAUAAACUUGAAACAAGUUUAUCCUACUUUUGUCGACGCGCGAACAUUCAGAUUAUUCAAAUGCAACUUCGAGUUUAACGAUCGAGACUAAGUGAGACCACCUGACCUCAAAUUUAACUUGGGACGUCUCACUUGGUCGCACUUAGUGAGAAAUCAUAUAAGAUUUUAUUGUUGAAACUACCUAAGUAAUUACGUUGUUAUCGAUGAAUUUUAUAUAACUUGAAAAGUGCACAGGAAAUAUAGUCGGAUAGAUUUGGGCUUCUUUUCUCUGUCGUAUGUUAACUCGUUGUGAAAGUUUAUAUGGCCAAAUGGCUACGAAAAAUACGUAGUUAACGUCGAUUGGCUCUUUAGGAAAGAGUAUCGUAACGUAGAUUUUUUUUUUUUUUUUUUUUUUUUACAAAUGGUCGUUGCUAUCGAGACAUUAUUAUUUUUUAAAUUAAUGGAAUAUAUUGGGAGAUAUUGAUAAACCGUGGGAGUUCAUCGAUAUAAAUAUUUUGUGUUAAAAAUUUGCUGUUAUUAAAAAGAAACGGACGUAAAACGGGAAAAGGAAUUCUUCUUCUGGCACGAUUCGUAAUGAAAGUUCGUGUCUUGAUUAGAACAUUCGUAAACUGCUAAAAAGGAUGCAAAGUUAUUGCAUUGAAAUUAUUAUACGCGUUCCAACAUUUCUACCAAGAUUACCGGCGAGCUAAACGAACAUUCCAUAUUUACUAUAUAACAUCGUUUCAAAAUCGUCUAAUUUCACCUUGUAGCGAGCAAAAUCGAGAAUGUAGUAAAUUGAGUAAUAUGUAUUUGAAAAUUCAAUUAAAGUCCGAAUAAAUGAAGCAAAAAAUACACUAUAGGCUUUUCUAUAAUUUAGCAAAUAUGCGCAUACGACAAAACGUCAAAGUGUGCAAUUAAAUUUUAUGUACAAAAAAAACUAUAUUUUUCUUUCUAUAAAUCUCGUACAAAGUACAAUGCUGCAUUAUGGAAAGAUCGCAACUUCGACGACGGAGUCAAACGGGUUACUUUUAAAUGAAAGUACAAUGAUACAAAUUUCAAUUUUAUUACUAGUUAAUAUAAUUAACACUCAUGCGAUUUAUUGUAUCGAAGUGACAUGUAAAAUCGCACGAUCUGUUUCGACUGUAAACAAAAAUAUCAAUCAAAAUUGCGAAUGUGGUCAUGUAAAAUUAUUUAUGUAAGAAAAACUAUUGAAAUUUGACGCUUUCUUUUCUUCAGUUUCGAUAUAACCUUUUUAUUUGUGCUUGUAUUGAUGUAUUCUAUGUACAUAGAUAUGGCCUUACUGUUAUUUAUUUUCCUAGUACUAUUAGCUGUAAUAAAGGCUUGUAUAUCUCUAA